AUGCAGUCGUGGUUUGGCAGCGGGCGCGCAUCGACGCCGCCCACUCCAGCGGCGGUCAAGGUGCCGCAGGGGAAGCCACUGCUGCUGAUCGGCUUCAACGAGUCAACACACAAGUGGGAGGUCAACCCCGAGGCGGCCACGGUGCUGCAGCGCGUGCCGGGCCCCCUGUGCACGCUGGCCGUAUGUGGGCGUGCGCGUCAGGGCAAGAGCUUCCUGCUCAACACGCUGCUGGGACGCCUGACGGGGCAGGAGCUGCCCCAGGGCUUCAAGGUGUCGCCAACACAGCACUCGUGCACGCGUGGCCUGUGGAUGUGGAGCGUGCCCAUACCCAUGAAGGACGCGGACGGGCGACCCUGCAACCUGCUGCUGGUUGACUGUGAGGGCGUGGACGCGGUGGACCAGGGCCAGAAGCACAGCGCGCAGGUCUUCAGCCUGGCGGUGCUGCUGUCCAGCAUGUUCGUAUACAACCAGGUCGGGGCCAUAGACGCGGUCGCGCUGGAGCGCCUGGCCAUGGUCUGCGAGCUCGCAAAGCGCAUCAAGGAGCGCAGCGCGACCAGCGGCCGCGGAGGCGGGCAGGCAGACUUCCACCCAGCGUUUGUGUGGCUGCUGCGCGACUUCCAGCUGCAGCUCGCGGCGGCUGGUGUCGUCAGGGGCGGCAAGGGGGGCAUCAGCGCAGGGCAAUACCUGGAGGAGGUGCUGGCGGAUGUGAGGGGCGGCGGCGGCGCUGACGAGGACAACCGCAACCAGAUGCGCGCCACCAUCCGCGCUGUCUUCCCGGACCGUGACGCCCACACCCUGCUGCGGCCCAUGCUGCGGGAGGAGGACCUCAACCGGCUGGACACCGUGGCCUACUCCAAGCUCAGGCCAGAGUUUCAGAAGUUUGCGGGCACCAUGGUGUCGGGCCGCGUCUACUCGCAGCUGGCGGGGGCCUACGUGACGGCGCUCAACGAGGGCGCGGUGCCACAGCUCGUCACGGCAUGGCAGGGCAUCGCGCGCGCUGAGUGCCAAAAGGCGUAUGACGCCGCCCUGGGGGCCUUCUCCACCGGCUUCAGGGAGGAGGGCUGCGGGGACGAGGCGGCGCUGUUUGACAGAUACACGGCGUCCCUGGCCUCUGCCGUGAGGUCGUUCAAGGAGUCGGCCCUGGGGGACCCUGUGCUGGUGGGGGAGUAUGAGGAGCGGCUGAGGAAGGUGGCGGAGGAGCGCUUCACCGCCGCGCGCACCAAGCUCAAGGCCACCAGCGAGCGCGCCGCCGAGGCCAUGCUGGGUGCGGAGCACGUCAAGCUGCGGGCCAUGAUGGAGGCCCCGGGGGCCAGCCUCGACACCAUAGAGGCCGAGCUCAAGAGGGGGCAACGCGGCGACCCCAUCUUUGCAACAGCACCGGCGCUCCCGUGA